UUUAAACACAAUGUAUCGAGUCAUCAUAUUACUUUUGGCUGCUUCAUUAGCUUUAGCAAAUGGCCAUGUUCAUGAUCUUGACGCCUAUUUCGAGGAAGCAGAUACCAGUUCUCAGGAGCGAGUUGUAGGCGGUUAUGAUGUGCCCGAAGAUGAGUAUGUGCCCUAUCAAAUCUCCAUGCAAUUCCUUACACGCAACGGCCAACAGAGACACUUUUGCGGUGGUUCUCUAAUCGCACCCAAUCGUGUCCUGACCGCCGCCCAUUGUGUGAAUGGGCAAAAUGCUAGUCGAAUCACUGUAGUGGCAGGCAUAAGGGAUCUCAACGACUCCACUGGCAUACGUUCGCAAGUUCAAUCCUAUGAAAUGAAUGCCAACUAUCAAGAACUGGUUACGAGUGAUAUUGCCAUACUGAAAAUCGAUCCGCCCUUCGAGAUGGAUGGCAAACGCAUAGACACUAUUGAUGUGAGCGGCAGCGAAUUGGUGCCAUCCGAUCAAGAGGUUCUACUCACUGGCUGGGGUUCUGUUUUCCAUUUUGGCACUGGUCCCUUUGCCAAGUAUCCCACAAUAUUGCAGAAACUAAAUUACAAAACGUUGAGUAAUGACAAAUGCAAGGAAACUAUGACCCAAUUGACCGCUACCGAAAUUUGCGCCUUGGAACGUUUUGGCAAGGGAGCAUGUAAUGGUGAUUCGGGUGGUCCUCUUGUGAUGCAUAAUGGAGAGACAUUGAAACAAGUUGGCGUCGUUUCCUAUGGCACUGCAUUUUGUGCAUCCAACAGUCCCGAUGUCUAUACUCGGGUAUCAAUGUUUGAUAGCUGGAUCAAAGAGAGAAUGGCUUAGACAAAGCUUAAAUGUGGUUAUUACAAAUCAAAUGAUUCGAUUUCAAAACAUUAUCAUAUAAUU